AAGGGAAAGAGUAUUAUAACAAAAAUAUGAAGGAACUGUUAGAAAGAAUGGCAUAACACUAUACUCAACCGAGAAUGAGGAAAAAUCUAGUGUUUGUGAAAGAUGGAACCGUACAACUAAAACCAAAAUGUGGAAGCAGUUUAUUGUCCAGGGUAAUACUAUAUAUUUAGACAUACUACCGAAAAUGUUGAGCCAGUAUAAUAACACCAAACACAGUUCCAUUAAAAUGACACCUAUAGAAGCUAGUAAAAAGAAGAAUGAAAGUACCGUGUAUUUCAAUCUAUAUGGCGAUAUGAAGCAAUUGUCAUCUAAGCCCAAAUUCAAGGUUGAUGAUAAAGUCAGGAUAAGUAAGUAUAGGGGAAAGGUGUUUGACAAACGCUACACACCUAAUUGGACUGAAGAGAUAUUCCUGGUCGAUAAACUCCAAUCCACAAAUCCAAUUACCUAUAGAUUAAAGGAUCUCAACAACCAGGAAAUACAAGGCAGCUUUUAUGAACCUGAAUUACUGAAGGCGAAACAGGAUGUAUUCGGUAUUGAAAAAGUCAUUCGGAGGGAUUAUAAGAAGAAACAAGCUCUUCUGAAAUGGUUGGGUUAUAGUGACGACUUUAAUUCCUGGAUUCCAUUGAGCAGCUUACAAAAUUUAUCUAACUAAUAGUGGACAGUCAUAUAAAAAAGUUGGAUACUAAGAUCCGGUUUAAGGAAGCCCAACUCAGUGCAAUAUACACUAAAAUUCAAAACUUGGAAGAAGAAAUUGCCACAUUACACCACAAGAAAUUGGUUGUGAAAAGACUGGAAACAGCUGAGAAGUCAUUAACCGGCAUCCUCGAUGCGAUCUAGGAGAACGAGUAAGGAUAUUGCUAAGAUCCUCGGUAAUAGCAAAACAGAAAAUGCUAUUAAGAGACUUGUUUCUGAAGAAAAUAAAAUGCGCCAAAUUUGAUGGCACCCCAUUUCAGGGGGUCAACAAAAUGAGAAAGCUUUGUUGGGGUCGUGAAACGAGACCUCAGACCUAGGGUGUUGAAACGGCACCACCAUGAGGCCCAAACUAUUUUAAUCUAUAAUAUAUGGCAUUUUUAUUGGCUUUUAUGAUAUGUAAUUAUCUAACCUAUAUAUAUGGUAUAUAUGAUAGAAAAGAAAUAUGUCAAUCAAGAUAUAAAUAUCGAGCUGACUUCAUAUAUUGAUGAUAAACAAAAUGCUUGGUUCAAGGGUAAAGACAUUGCCCUAAUUCUCGGAUAUAGUGACACAGAUCAGGCUUUAAGAAAGCAUACCGAUAAUGAAGACCAAAAAAGCUACCCCGUCAAAACGACGGGUCAGGUCAGAUGGUAUACUGUUAUAAAUUAAUCCGGAUUUUAUUCCCUUGUUUUGUCCUCAGAGUUAGAAACAGCCAGGGUAACAUCAUAAGUACUUCCAUCAAUUAGAAAAUUUGGAUACAACAAACUUUUCGACAACCCAAAUAACAAAAUGUUUAAGAUUGAAAAUGAGACAGAUCUAGACUGCAAAGUUGUACACCUAAUCAGAAACUAUUAUCCAAAAGCCCUUAUUGUAGCAGGACUUGGAGAAAACCAAGAUACUCCAUCCAAAAGAAUUGCUAGUUGGAAAAAAGGUUAUACCAAAGGUCAGCCUGAUCUGAUGGUGCUUAACUACCACAAAGAUGUAUUGAGUUUAAAUAUCCAACCAAUAAUUACCAAAUUUCAGAUGCUCAAAGAGAGAUGAAAAAACGGUAUAAGGAAAAUUGCUACCAAUUCAUCCUAAGUAAUGACUAUGAUCACAUCUGUAGAGAAGUACAUAAUUACAUGGCUGGUAUUCGUGUGCCGUGUAAAUACUGUGACAAAGCGUUCCUAAAUAAAGAAACACGAAAAAGCCAUUAUAAAAUAAUCCAUCGAAUUGAAAAAUAAUAGAACUUUAUAAUAGUGCCAUUAGCCAGAAAGCUAGUCAGUAUCUAUUUAAUACGCCUCAGUCUUAGUUCACCCCAGAGAGGUCCUUUUUACAUUCCAUAAUUAUUCACAAAGUAUAUAUAUGGAAGGUUACAUCCGUCUCUUUCUAGAGGCACUAGUUUAAUAACUAUGUAUAUUCCUCCAAAUGGUAGAGUAAGCCUUUAAAGUAAACAAAAGUUGACCAAUGAAAUGGGCCUUCUCUCAAAUAUUAAGUCAAAAGUCGUACAAAAGCACACGAAAACCCCUCUAAAAUCAACAUUACAACAAUUAAACCAGCUAAAAGAACCACGAAUUUCAUCCUAUGAGUUAUUACUACUAUCUGGCAUCAUAAAAAAUACUUGUGAAGGAUACAAAGGGUCAGUACUCGUUGAGCCUGAGCAAGCAAUAGAAAAAGCUGAUUAUAAAUGCGGUAAGAGCUUUUAUUUGGAUCCUAUUUUAGAUACUUACAAAAAGAAAGUAAUUGAAAAUCCAAUAAUUGAUAAAAUAUUGGAUAUGAUUGCAAAAGCAACUAUAGACAGGUUGGAUUUUGGAAUCAAAAAAAUAACCAAUAAUCAUUCUCAUAUUGUAUUCACAAAUGAGGAUAAAUAUCAAAACUAUAAGCCAGAUCCUGACUCAAAAACCAAAAUAAUAUGUGAUCGCAAACUAUUUCAGUAUGGUGAUAUGGUUUGGCUUAGAUAUUAUUAAAGUCAAACCGCCCAAACGGUUACCAAAAUGCUGACUCAGCAAAAAUCAUAUAGUUUACUCACAGUAGAGAAGAGGAAGAAUGGUUCACGCAGAGAGUAACCCCAUGAGUGUGAGAUUCGGGUCUGACAGCCGCCGUAGUAAUACUUCGCAUACAUUGAUUCCAAACGUAGAAAGUUAGGUAUGUUUAUCCUCUUUCUGAAAUGCAAAUUUGUCAAUUUUGAUCACGUGUGACCAUAAUUAAACGUUAAGGCACAAGAAAACUUCAAGAUUUACUUUUGGGGAAAAAUUCAAUUUGUCCUAGGUCUCCUAGCGAGAGAUAUUGCUAAUCAUUCAUAUGCUCCGAACAAACCUUUAAGCCACGCCUUAAACCCCUCGAGUAAUUAUAUCUUUUCUUCAUUUGUCUCUCGUUGUAGUCCCACCAAACUGCACGGACAUAAAACUUAAUCUGGCCAUUAUCUUGGAGGCCUCAAGCGAAAUUGGAUUGCAGCACUUCCUUGCUGCAAAAGAAUUUAUUAAAAAGUUGCUGGAACUGAACGAUGUCUCACCUACGGGAACCCAUGUCAGCCUGGUACUUUUCAACAACAGGGCAUUUGAUAUUAUCUCCUUCCAACAACCCAGCUCUCAGAACAUAGAUGUCUUGAGUAUAGUACUGCAAUUUUUACCGCCCCAACUUGUAAUUGCACCGGGUAAACGGCUUGAUAUAGCUUUAACACACGUCAAUGAUAAUGUAUUCAACGCCGUCACAAGCCAAGGACGAGACAUUACAGACGUCGCAGUUUUCAUAACUGAUGGACGAAUUAUUGACGGAAACAAUGUAACUGGAACGGUUUCCUCUUUAAAGGUAAGAUUAUGACGCACGGUCGAUUACUACUUAAUAAGAAAUAGAAGACGAAUAAAAAUAGUGGCCAAUACAAUUAAAAAAUUAUUUACAAAACUCAGAAUUAAGUCAUUCAGAUCCAGUUAAAAUCUGAAUGUUGUUUUUACUAAAAAUCAAGUUAAAAUAAAUCAUAUGCUACAAUAAAGAAACAGCAGUUAGUUGUAUAAAGAUAAACUACUAUUUGAUUAGUAAGUAAGUUUAUUUUCAUUUUGAUCAAUAUAAGUUACAGCAGGUUAAAACAAAUAUAUCAAGUAUAUAGAGUAAAGAAAGCUUUAGUGGCUUUUUCUAUGGCAUCCAAUAAAUGACCUUAGCCAUGCACAAAGCACGUAACAAGAAGAAUAGAAUUUCUAUGGUAGGUCUGAUAGUAUAAAUUUUUUUAUCUUUUCCUUCUUUCUACUUUUUGCAACAUCCUACAAGAAAAGUAAAUGAUAUGCGUACAGGUACAUUUAUUUAUAGUACUUAGCCGCAUACACCUUUACCUAGUCGUCAUACGAUAUGGCUGUAUCACUUAUUGACGACAAUCUUCUCCAGAGAGCAAUUGGAUAAUGGUUUGAAAUUCAGUCCAAAGCCUCUGCUACACAAAAAUCCCUUUACCCGAUUGAUAGUUCACAUGACGUCACGACCGCCAUAUUGGUGUUCCAAAUUUAUGAAACGGCGGCCAUAAUAGUGUUCUAAAUAACUCCUGCACGAGUUUUAUUUAAAAAUUCUUUUCUAAUGUAAACUCUUUCUUCUGUUCGGAUAAAUUUGCAUGGAAGCAUGGCAAGCAGCUAUGUAAAUUUAUUGGAAGAAAAAAAAGCGUCUAAGAAGAAAAAUGAAAGAUUUGUAAGGGCCUGUUUCCGUAGCGGUGGGGGGCCCCAGGUAGGUGAGGUAACCCGCUUAGGUGGGGUAACCCGCCUGUUCAUAUAAUCUCUCAUAGUAAUUUGAUCAUAUUUAUAUGAUAGGUGGGGUGACCCGCCGCACGUUACCUCGCCUACCUGGGGUCCCCCACCUCCAUGUAACAGGCCCUAACACGACGUUUCGGGGUCCUAAUGUCUCCAUUUUCAAGUGAGAUGUGACUAAUAUUUCAAUAGAAAAAUACUAGAGAUGAGAAGAAAUAAUUUUACACACUGGUUAAGUAAACACUUUGGCCCGCAGGGAAUGGGAUUGCACAUUUAGUAAAGGCGUGAAGUUCUUAAUUAAAAACAUCUCUUGCAUUUGUUUGAUUGUAAUAAUAUUCACAUCUCACUUGAUAAUGGAGUCAAAGAGACCCCAAAGCGUCGCGUUAUAAUUCUUUCACUUUUCUUCUUAGUUGCUUGUUUUCAUAAAACUGUGGUAUAAAAGAAAGCAUGUUCAGAAAAAAAGAGAGUUCAACGCGAGCAGGACUGGUUUGGAACACCAACAUGGCCGAAGUGAAAUCAAGUAGCAACCUUCAGGCCCAAUUAACGAACUAUGUCUAUUCUAUUUUCAGGAGAAGAAUAUUAAAUUGGUGACGGUGAGCUCCGGAACUGAUAUACGACAGGAAGUGUUGUACGAUAUUGCAGGGCCCAACAUGUGUCUCAGUGUCAGUUUACAGGAAAUGGUGGCGAACGUAGAGAAGGUUGCUACCAAAGUUUGUAGUCCUUAAGAUAGUAAACUCUCUGGUGAGUGAGUUAGAAAAACAAGGGUUUGUUAUAUAUACGUAAAGCAAAUGAUGGCUGAGAAAUCUUAAAGUCUUGAAAGUAAACAGCGUUCUUUUAGGAAAAAAAAUGAAGAAUGAUUUAUUUUACUUACACCCAAUCAAAACUAUCUUCUUAUUUCUUUGCUCUUGUUUGCUCUUUAUCGUAUGCAAAGUGCCAGAAGUAAAAUAAUAAAAAUAAUAAUAAUUUUAUUAUGAUAAUGAUAAUGGCAGUGAUAAUAAUAAUAGGUAACUAAAAAUCAAAAACGCACAACAAUACAAAACCAAAACAAAUUAAGCCAACGGCCGGAUGCUUGGACUGGAUACGGGUGGUGGUAUACUUUUAUAAUUAAAAUGGCUGUCCAAAUUAGACAUCCAUGUACAUGCAUAUAGUUUGCUUUACGAAGCCUGCAUGCUGUAAAAUAUCUAUUGUUGUCAUGCCAGUCGCACUUUUUGCUUUAGAUGCGGCUCAUCCUCGGUAUAAGAACCUGUAAAAACUGAGGGGUGAUGUAAAACAAAGGAAACAAGAAAGUCGACACAAUAGAACCUAUAAAACGGAAAACAAAAGAUGCAAAACAAAGAAAAAAAGUUACAGGUUCUUACACCAAAGUAAAAAGUCAAAAGCAUUUCUCAGAAUUCCAAAGAGUUCUUCACUACCUCGGUUUCAUGGGCUGUUUCAUUAAGAACUGUUUUUUUAUGCAUAACUAGCGGUGAAUUCGAGUGUCUUUUGGUCUCAAACUUUUGUCUUUUAUUACUUCUCAACACGGGUAAGAUUGCAUUAACUGAUUCGGGAAUUAUGUUUCUUUCGCAGGGAUUUCAGGUGAAAGGGGAGAAUUCUGCAUUUGCUGGGUACACUGUCAAGUGAAGAAUACACUAUCUUAAGAAUAUAUUAAUAUCC